GGGGCCGUUGGCUUGCUGUGUUCCACGUCUCGCUGGCACCCAGUGUGUUUUCACCUGAGGGUCUGUAAGUUAAGUGAGAAGUCUCAUGUCCCUCCCGUCCUCAGGCCUGUGAACGGCUGCUGAAUGAAUUCACAAGUUUUUUCUCUCUUGUCGAGAAAGAAUGACUGAUAAAGCUACUGAACACAGCGCUACACGUGGUUAAUGAUUAGCGAAAAAGUGCAGGGCAAGCUCAGUAGCAGUGAAGACCAGAUAGUUGCUAGAAAAGCCCUAGAAAUUUCUUGAGAUAAAACUUCUGUAGCUGCUUCUGGUGACCUCUUCCUCACAGGACAGGAUUGUACAAGGGAACUACAGAAAAUACCGAUUUCCAAAGUACCUGGAAAAGGAGUGAAAUCUCCAAACAGGGUUUUUCUGAUCAUAAGUCGUAAACUCUGAUACCCAUGGAUGCUGCAGAGUUCCGCAAGAGAGGGAAGGAGAUGGUGGACUAUAUUGCAGAUUACCUGGAGAAGAUAGAUAAAAGACAGGUCUUCCCAGAUGUGGAACCAGGAUACCUAAGGCCCCUCAUUCCGGACUGUGCACCCCAGGAUCCUGAGAGCUUUGAGGAUGUCUUCAAAGACAUUGAGAAGAUCAUUAUGCCAGGGGUGACUCACUGGCACAGUCCGUACUUCUUUGCCUACUUCCCUGCAGCCUCUUCCUUUCCGGCCCUUCUUGCAGACAUGCUGUGUGGUGGAAUUGGAUGUGUGGGCUUCUCUUGGGCUGCAAGUCCAGCUUGCACGGAGCUGGAGACUGUCAUGCUGGAUUGGCUAGGGAAGAUGAUUCAUUUGCCUGAAGAUUUUUUAGCUGGGAAGGAUGGCCAGGGCGGAGGAGUCAUUCAGGGAAGUGCAAGCGAGGCCACCCUGAUUUCACUGCUUGCUGCAAGAACAAAAUCUAUCAGGCGGGUGCAGUCAGAAAAGCCUGAGCUAACAGAAGCAGACAUCAUGGGCAGGCUGGUGGCCUAUGCUUCCGAUCAGGCUCAUUCAUCAGUGGAAAGGGCUGCAUUAAUUGGUGGUGUGAAGAUCAAAAGUGUUCCUUCAGAUGAAACAUUUAGUGUUUGUGGUUCAGCCCUAAAGAAAGUUCUGGAUGAAGACAAAGCUUCCGGUCUUAUCCCAUUCUUUUUCUGUGCAACACUUGGAACCACACCUUGCUGCUCCUUUGACAAACUCUUAGAGCUGGGUCCUAUUUGUAAUAAGGAAAAUAUCUGGAUGCAUAUUGAUGCAGCCUAUGCUGGGAGUGCAUUCAUCUGCCCUGAAUUCAGGCACCUUUUAAACGGCGUAGAGUUUGCAGACUCAUUUAACUUUAAUCCUCACAAAUGGCUCCUAGUGAAUUUUGACUGCUCUGCUAUGUGGGUGAAAAAAAGAUCAGAUUUAACAGGUGCCUUUAAAUUAGAACCUCUUUAUCUGCAGCAUCAUUAUCAGGAGUCUGGCGAUGCAAAUAGAGAACAGUGCAAUAAACAGGAAAAUGCAGUAACUCUGGAGCUGAGGUUCACCCUCCAAAGGCUAGACUUGCUAAGAAAAAAAAUAUACUGUUCUUUUGCCUUUUUAAAGGAAAAAUACAAGCACUGGCAAAUCCCCCUGGGAAGGAGGUUCCGCUCCCUGAAGCUCUGGUUCGUGCUGAGGAUGUACGGGGUCACGGGACUGCAGGAGCACAUCCGCAAGCACGUCAGGCUGUCGCAUCAGUUUGAACACUUAGUCCUUCAGGAUGAAAGGUUUGAGAUCUGCGCUGAGGUUGUCUUGGGACUGGUCUGCUUUCGGCUGAAGGGCUCAAAUGAACUGAACAAGGCUCUUCUUAAAAGCAUAAAUGAGGCCAAGAAGAUCCAUCUGGUCCCGUGCCACCUGCGAGAGAAGUUUGUGCUACGUUUUGCUAUUUGUGCCCGCACAGUGGAAUCCACCCACAUCAGGUUUGCCUGGCAGCACAUCUCACAGCUGGCAACCGAUCUUCUGAAAACAUGGCAGCAAAACUACCACCAGCAGUAACAGCAGUGAAGCAGCAGUGGGGAGGAGGUAAUUAAGUGGCUUUCUCUGUGUUGCCAAGUUUUAUUUCAGGGGCAGGCGGGAAAGUGAAGUUAUGAAGGAAAAGAGUGCAAAACCUGUUGUUAUAUAGCCCGUCUGCAGCAGCAAAACCCUUGCCGGCAAGUUGUGUUGUAACCUUAGUCAUUCCUUCUCUGUACCGUAGCUUCCUCUUGCCAUGGCACGCAGCCGUGGCGGCUCGAGCCGUCGUUUCUUACCAGUCUGUAAUCAAGAGCACGUACCGAACCAGGCAACGGAAGUGGAAGGGUUAGUGCUCCCUCCGUCGCCCCCAUUAACCUCUAGCGCACCCACUCCUUUCUUCACAGAUGAAACACUGAGGUGUUACAACCAAGCAAUUUAGCAUUACUGUGCCUUCAGAAAGAGUCCAAGCUGGGGGAAGUUCAGUAACCUGGUCAUGACACUGUCCACGUCCUGUCUAAACAGGCACGCACAAGUGGUGGCGUCAUGGUGUGAGGCACUAUCGUGUCAUGACACGCUUGCUGCAGUAAUUUUGUAAAUGAGGUUGGGACUUCAAGGCUUCCUUCACUACACAGCCACACCGGGGGGAGGGAGCACUGAGCGAACGCAAACCCUCCCUACGGCCGGCUCUCUGCUUUCUUCCAAAGGGUUUGCUUUUCAAACAGCCAUUUUGUCAAACCUCGGCAAAUAGGUUGCGCUGGCUCUCGGUUUUCACUCUGAUCAUUCAUAAUGAGGCCUCUUAAAAGCUCCUUCCCAAGAGUUUUGUCAAAAGCCCUGUGCUACCUGGCGUUCUAUAUUUUCAACCAUGUUACUCUAAGCAGCGAUUACUUGAAAAGAAUCUGUAAGCUACGUUCUGUGAAAUAGAGUUGUGAUUUCUUUUUAUGGUUGCCGUUCUGCUUACUGCGUUGUGUAAUAAAUCUUUGACAAAUGCGCUAAGAAAUGGGAUGGCUAAAACGUUACUCUCUGCUUCUCAAAUUAGCUAGCACACAAGGUAGCAAAUUACAAUGCAAACAGAAGUUAAGAGCACCAGCCCCCAAAAUAUGCUGUGGUGCCCCCCUCGGCGGUUCUCUUCCAUUAACAGUGACGCACAGAACAUGGAAGUAUUGGAAAACAAUUGGCCUUCAGAGAAAGUCAAAUGACGUGUCCUUGACACAAACCGUUGAUGUGUCACCUUGUCCAAGGCAGGUAAAGAGCUGAAAUGAAAGUCCGAAACAAUACCUGACUUUAGUAAGUACUUCUGCCGUUCUGAAAGCAGAAAUCCCAGACAGUUAUUUCUACGUAAAUUUCUAUGUUAGUUCAUGACUUGGGAAACUGUGUUCAUCCCCAGCAAAUAGGGUCCGCACCGAUACGGUUUUGCAGCUUUUAUGUUAUGGAAACAGUAGAAUCUAGGAGCCAGAGAGGAAUUCCACCUUCUUGGUGAGACAGAGCAGUAUUUUCCAUGUGAAAUAUAUAACCAGGUCUGUCCAGGAAAAAAAAAAAUGGAUCAGGUCCUGAUCAAAGCUAUCAUAGAGUAAAUCCAGGGUAAUUGCACUGAAAUGAAAUGGAGUUGCGUUGGGCUUAUCUGACUAUAACUGAAAUGAAAAAUCUAACUAAGAAGAACUGGAAAAGAAAAGCGUACGGUCAGGCAACACUAGGCUGACAUCAGAGGAUUUUGGGGAGCGCCUCCCCAUGGAAACCAGAGCAGAGGUGGAUGGUGCACGCCAGCGUGAGCCUCGAACUGCUGUAGCACGGGGACGCGGGCAGGAUGCACGUCCAACCCAGGGGAGGUGAAACAUUCCCAAGAGCCCAGAAUCAGACAGGGGUCCCUCUGGACACUUGUGGGAAGGUGCUGCCAAAACUAACAGCCAGGUAAACGUUUUUCAGCACGUGGGUGUCACUUUUAGAAGAGGCCGUCGUCCAGACACCAAAACUCCUUUUGGCAAAGAAUUUAGGAUAAGGGUUAAUUUAAAGUAUUAGAAAUACAGCAGCAAAAGUUACUUCAUUCUUGUUUGCAAAGAAGAGACCUAAGUAAAUCUUCCAACGAACGGCAGCGACAAGAGCCCUGGAACGACACUUCCCCAAGGCCAGCCCAAAACAGAAAUCUGAAAUUCACAGUUCUGGUUUUCCUGACGUUCUGGGAGGAUUUGAAUAUGUAGUUGGUGAAGGCCGCCUUACUAUUCGGUCUCUCAUACCUUCCUAAUUCCUACGUAGAGUAUUAAUGUUAGGUCAUCUGAAAAGGAAUCUGGGCUUUGUAAUCAACUCAAGAACAAAAUACUAGAAAAGAACAUUUCUGACAGAAGAACGUGACUGCUGUUUCUGUUCUGCAGCUUUGCAACCUAUCUGUAAGUGAGAAAUACUGUAUUUAUGAAUAGUUACUACGUGACCCUGGAUUUACUGUGCCUUGUGUGCAAAAGCUAAUGGAGUCUGUGCCAACUGACGCUGUCUGAUGCUAAAAGUAAUUACACAAUCUCAGAACUGUGCGUUAGGAGAAUGUCCGUAUCUCAAGGGAGACGGUGUGGCCGCUAGAGAAGGAGGGAGGAAAGUAACUUUUCGGUAACCGUAUUUUUUUUUUUUUAAUCUAGUCGAGUGCUAGUACAAUACCUACAUUCUUAAUGAUGAUGGCAGAUGAUAAAUAUAUUUUAUUACUGAGGGGGGGGAAUAUUGAAAGGGUAUGUAUUUGUGAAAGCCUUGCUAAUAUAUUAUGCUCAACUGCAUUAUAAUUAUGAAAUUUCUAAUUUUCUCUUGCCUUUAUAUGUAAGAUUCUGCUCACGGUUGUUGGUUUUGUUGUUGCUGUUGCUGUUGCUGUUGUUGUUGUUGUUGUCUCCUGUAACGUUACCAUGUUUGAGGAGUGGUACUCGCACUGCAGGUGCCUUACAACAGCAGUCUAAACCUUGAGGCAUGCGUGAACUUGAAGCGCUCAAAUACAGGAGCAAAUGAGAAAUGAAACUUGAGAACCCUGAAGCCCAGGGUGGUGGGGACAGAUUAAAUAAUGAUGAUAACAGUAAUAAUAUCUAUGUAGCAUUUGUAGAGGCUCUAUGACCUAAAUGGAAAAACAAUCAGACGUUCAGUGCGCUUUUAUUAUAAUUUGUGUGCUGUCAAAUUGCUUUAAAAUCUGUUUCCAAAGGCCAUUAAAGAGACACGUAGGCUUUAACUGGCAGCAGUAAUAAAUGGAAACAAAACUA